UAACAGGUGAAAACGCUUUGUAUGUGUGCCCCUGUGGAUAGUACAGGGCGGCGGGCCAGGCCUAGGUGCAGUCAGAGGACACCGCGUGCCCCCCGUCUGUUUCCCAGCAGCGCUCACCGCCCUGACACAUCCUCCACGAGCAGGGAGACGUACACACACACGUCACGUGAGCAGCGCGUCUGCCCUCUCCUCACCCUCUCCUCCGCCUCCUCCUAGUGACGUCACUGCUUCCUGCGCCCCGCAGACUGAGCCGACAGACGGCAGGAGGGAGGCGGAUCGUGUGCAGCGGUGACGUCACGCCCCGUAGCCCGGGGAGGGAGAGCAGCAGCGGCAGGAGGAGGAGGGUGGCUGCCUGACACCGAGCCAGAACAGCAAUGGCACCGAAGCAAGAACUGGACCGCCGGAGCUACCAAGAUGAAACCGCAACUUAUUGAAAUAAAACACCAGCAGAAGAGGACGACUCUUUGUUCUCGGAUAUGUGUUCAGAAAUAACUCCUAUGAACUGGAUCCUAGAAAACACCACGCUAGAAGCUCUGUCGCCAUUAGAUCUUCAUUUCACAGACUGACUUCGUUCUCCUCUCCCUAUGUUGUCAUGUGGAUGCAAUUUUCUGAUGUGAACUUGACCAAAUAGAAGAACAUAAGCCAUUAAAUUGACAUUAACUGUUUGCAGGCACUUUGAGAAAUCUGUUGCACUCUGCACUUGUGGUUCAAUGAAAGAUUGGAUCGGAAAGCCCAGAUUCAUAGAUUUUCCUUUUGUGGGCGUGACAUUGAUGCCAUUUUUGUGAACUUAUUUCUAGAUCUUUACAUCCAUAAAUGAUGUAGCAUAGAUGUGCUCUGGAAACAAAUCAUUUGUAUUUAAUUUCUAAUGCAAUGCUGUUUUUUAGAUUAUAAAGCCCCAACGUCAUACCAUUUAAGUUUUGGUAUCUGAAGGAACUGUAAAUAUGGGGGAAGACGGAAGACCCCCAUUAAAGAAAGUGGCCAUGGAGACUGAUGUCAGUGUAGAUGUUCCAGAUGUUGCAAACAAAGUAAUAGCUAUCAAGAUGGAGAUAGAUGACUUUAAAAACACCGCUGCAGAGGAGAAUAAAGAUGUUACCAAGCCUACCAGUGUGCCACUUGGUGGGUCAUCGGAGCUAAAUCCUGGACUCAAACACACGCUAGCACAGUUCAAUCUAAGUAGCCGGAGUUCCCUAGGUGGUCCUGCUGCAUUUUCUGCUCGAUUUUCGCAAGAAAACAUGUCGCCAACCGUGUUCUUGCCUCUUCCUUCCCCACAAAUUCAUCCUGGUCCACUUCUCAUUCCAUCAGACAGUUCCACAGAGCUCACCCAGACAGAACUGGAAGGGGAGUCUAUUUCUUGCUUUAUGGUAGGAGGUGAAAAAAGACUUUGCCUGCCUCAAGUGUUGAACUCUGUAUUGCGGGACUACUCUCUCCAGCAGAUUAAUAUUGUGUGUGAUGAAAUGUACAUAUACUGCUCGCGUUGUACAUCAGACCAGCUUCACAUAUUAAAAGUUUUGGGAAUUCUUCCGUUUAAUGCCCCUUCUUGUGGACUGAUCACUUUGACAGAUGCUCAGAGACUAUGCAAUGCUCUUUUGCGGCCACAUACCUACCCACAAAAUGGCAGCUUGCUGCCUGCAAAAAACUCUUUGGCUCAGUUAAAGGAAACAGGUAGUGCCUUUGAAGUUGAACAUGAUUGUUUAGGAAAGUGCCAGGGUUUGUUUGCACCUCAACUUUAUACCCAACCCGAUGCCACUUGCAUUCAGUGCUUGGAGUGCUAUGGGAUGUUCUCAACACAGACAUUUGUCAUGCACUCUCACCGGUCGCCAGAUAAGAGGACCUGCCAUUGGGGCUUUGAUUCUGCCAAGUGGCAUUGUUAUCUCCACCUGAGCCCAAAGUGUCUGAAUACCCCAGAAGGAAAAAAGAUGAAAGUUCUUUUAGAAGAGAUGAAGGAGAAGUUCAGCAAGAAGAACCAACCCAAGAGAAUACAACCCAAAACUGAACAUAUACAGACAUUGGAGUUGCCAUCUUGGUACCCAGUUAUAAAGCAGGAAGAUGAUGGCACCAGCCGACCACAUUUGCUGCACCCAAGUUACUAUCUCUACAUGUAUGAUAAAGUGGUGGCGCCAAAUGUGUCCCUUUCUGCUGCUGUAUCGCAGUGUAAAGACUCCAAACCCAUAAGAAGAGAAGAGACAAACAAACAGUCAGUAGCGGAAUCUGAAAACCAGGCCCGGAGCACAAAACAUAAAUCUGUUACCUCAUACCCUGACCUCUCAAUGGAGGAAACGGAGAGCGUAGAUCUCAAAACCGAUACACAGUCAAGUAAUAAACAACAAGCCAGCUCUGGUGAUGGGGAGAAAGACGGCUCAGUCUGUAAUAAGGACGAUGUAUGCGAGGACGACAAGGGUCACAUUAUGGAAGAAGUUGUGAAGACAUUCCUAAAACAGCAAGAAAAAUUAAAUUACAUUUUACAGAAAAAGCACCAAAUCCAGAUGGAGGUUGAAAUGCUGAGCAGCUCUAAAGUUAUGAAGGAACUGACAGUGGAGCAGCAGAACUUGCAGAAAGAGUUUGAGUGUUUGCAGACAGAACACAUGCAGAAGAUGGAAGAGUUGUAUGAUGAACAGCGAGACUUGGAGGAGAAGCUCAAACAAGUCAAGAAGCAGAAGUGUUCCUGUGAUUCUAAUGUAGAGCGAGAUAAGGAGACACAGUAUGCAAACCAGUUGACAGAACUGCGACAAAGGCUGGAUCAGGCAGAAGCUGACCGGAGAGAACUGCAAGAUGAGCUGAGGAGAGAACGGGAAGCGAGGGAAAAGUUGGAGUUGAUGAUAAAGGAGCUGAAGCUUCAGAUACUGAAGUCAGCUAAGAGUGGUAAAGGAGACUAGAAGAUGCAGCUCACAGACAAGUCAUUAUACUUCACACAGGGUUUAUAUGGUGGCUUGGACUAAACUGUCAGCAGAUUAAUGUGCUGCAUACAGGGGGAGUUGCUGGAUUUAACAUGGAUUCACAUCACCACUGGGAUAUCGGUCAUCUUUUCAGCCUGUCCAGCUAACUAAGGAAGUUGUCCUACUGGUUUUGACCUGUGUAAUAUGCAGUAAAUUUAACAUCAAGUUGUUUCCCAGAAGUCCCUUCUUUGUUAGCAUUGCUAAAAUGGCUUGUAAGACUCUAGAGAGCCUGGAUGUGGCCAUGGCUUAUUUGUGUUCUUUUGGGAGAUUUAUGAUCUCCAUAUACUCCAGCAUUAAAUCAUAACAGCACUUUCUGUCUCCAUAUGUGUGGCAGCUGCUGGACAUCUACUCAGUCUACUAGAUAAACCAUACUAAAUGCUGCUACUUGUUUUAUCUGGGACUGUGUUACUGGGUGUUAUCAUAAAUGUUCUCCAUUGAGUCUUUUCAUACCAACGCUCUAGCCCUAUGGGAAAGGGGGGCAUAUUAAUUGUAACCUAAGAAUUCUAAUUCACCAUCAGUAAAAUUCUUCUAUGCAUCUCAACAUUCAUUGAUCAUUUUCCAGCAUUCAUACUGGUAUGAAUACCUUGCCAUGUUGGAUCUUUGAUAAGCUACAACUUCUAUCAACUAUGUACACAUUCUGACGUUUCAGCACCUGUUAAGACAAAGGUUGCUGCACCCAUGCAAUAGACUAGAAUUUCAUAAUGUUCUAUUUAAACCUUUUCAACAAUUUUUUUUUUCUGUGUGACAAAUAUUAUGUAUACUUAAGAAAUUUAUAUUUUUUAGUUUCUGGAUUGUUGAGUGUCUAUAACUGACUAGAUGCAGAUAAGAAACCUACCCUUAGAAUUUGCUGUUUAUUAAUGCUUCUCCAGAUUAAGUAAUCUUAUUUACACUGCUCAAAAAAAUAAAGGGAACACUAAUAUAACACAUCCUAGAUCUGAAUGAAUGAACUAAUCGUAUGAAAUACUUUCAUCUUUACAUAGUUGAAUGUGCUGACAACGAAAUCACACAAAAAUUGUCAAUGGAAAUCUAAUUUAUCAACCCAUGGAGGUCUGGAUAUGGAGUCACACUCAAAAUCAGUGGAAAACCACCCUACAGGCUGAUCCAACUUUGAUGUAAUGUCCUUAAAACAAGUCAAAAUGAGGCUCAGUAGUGUGUGUGGCCUCCACGUGCCCAUAUGACCUCCCUACAAUGCCUUGGCAUGCUCCUGAUGAGGUGUCGGAUGGUCUCCUGUCGGAUGUCCUCACAGACCUGAACUAAAGCAUCUGCCAACUCCUGGACAGUCUGCCGGAUGAAGUGAGACAUCAUGUCCCAGAUGUGCUCAAUCGGAUUCAGGUCUGGGGAACGGGCAGGCCAGUCCAUAGCAUCAAUGCCUACCUCUUGCAGAAACUGCUGACACACUCCAGCCACAUGAGGUCUAGUAUUGUCUUGCACUAGGGGGAACCCAGGGACAACUGCACCAGCAUAUGGUUUCACAAGGGGUCUGAGGAGCUCCUCUUGGAACCUAAUGGCAGUCAGGCUACUUCUGACAAGCACAUUGAAAGGUGUGUGGUCCCCCAAAGAAAUGCCAACCCACACCAUUACUGACCCACUGCCAAAACCGGUCAUGCUUGAGGAUGUUGCAGGCAGCAGAACGUUCUCCACGGCAUCUCCAGACUCUGUCACAUCUGUCACUUGCUCAAUGUGAACCUGCUUUCGUCUGUGAAAAUCACAGGGUGCCAGUGGCAAAUUUGCCAAUCUUGGUGUUCUCUGGCAAAUGCCAAACGUCCUGCACGGUGUGGGGCUGUAAGCACAACCCCCACCUGUGGAGGUCGGGCCCUCAUACCACCCUCAUGGAGUCCGUUUCUGACCAUUCGAGCGGACACAUGCACAUUUGUGGUCUGCUGGAGGUCAUUUUGCAGGGCUCUGGCAGUGCUCCUCCUGCUCCUUCUUGCACAAAGGCAGAGGUAGGGGGUCCUUCUGCUGGGUUGUUGCCCUCCUACGGCCUCCUCCACAUCUCCUGAUGUACUGUCCUGUCUCCUGGUAGCGCCUCCAUGCUCUGGACACUACGCUGACAGACACAGCAAACCUUCUUGCCACAGCUCGCAUUGAUGUGCCAUUGUGAUUUCACAGAAGUGUGAUUGACCUGGAGUUACAUUGUGUUGUUUAAGUGUUCCCUUUAUUUUUUUGAGCAGUGUAUUAUUUGACAUCACUUAUCUUGUGUUUGCUCUCUGCAUUUCAGAGACUGUUCAGAUUAAUUUGGUAGACGAGAGAAUCUAUUUGGGUACAUUACUAUAUACAGAGCACAGCUGGCCUCAUGUAUCAAAACAUGAACAGUAUAAAAGUGGCCUUAUCGCACUAGCAUGAUAUCAGAGUCCAUGUUUCAUGGUUCUAAUGCAGUUUUUAUCAAAGCCCAGCUCUGAAAUGGUGCUAUGAGCAUCAAACCAUUUUUUCUAUUGAGAGCAUUUUGGUAUAUGAGGCCGGCUUCCUGUCCAUUGACUUAGAAUCAGUCUUUUCAAUACGUUUUUUUUUUAUCAUGCCUGCUUUUGUAACUCAAUACUGUAUCUAUUUCUGCAUUUAUUUUUGAUGGAUUUCUACAGUCAAAUCACUUGAGUACACCUCUUUUGCAUGGCUUUCUAUGGGUAGCUAAUUCAGACCAUUAUGUAAUAUAAAUGUCCUAAACAAUGAUAUUGGUGCUUUAGCAAAGUGCCUGGAUCUCUUUUAUCUGGCUAUUUACACUACUGUUAAAGGGGUUAUUCUUAUAUCCUCAAGUCAUUGCAUAUCACUAGGAUAUGUCAUUAGGUUAUGGUAAAUGGGGUUCUAACCUCUAGGGGUCCCAAAGCUUUUGAGACUGUAGCCCUUGCAUAGACUUUCUCAGUACAACAUUGCCUAGCAACCCAAUGUGCAGGGAACUGUGGCACAGCCACAUUUAAGUGAGCGUGCUGGGCUGUAGUUACCUGCGUAGCCAGGAGCACUGCUGUGGAGAGAAGACAGUAAAGGGUGCACAGUGUAGAAUCAGCCCUGCAGCCACUUCUUUCUCAAAAGCAAUGGAGGUCCUAGAGGUCGGACUGCCACCAAUGAGAAAAUAAUGGCAUAAUAUAACAAUAUACAAUCACUUUAUGAGAUGGGAAUAACCCCUUUAGUAGCUAACACAGAUACUUUAUGAACCUUUAGGGCAGAUUUAUCAUUGCUACAGAAACAGUCAUUUGAGAACUGCAACUAUACUUUUUAGAGGCUGUGAGGUUCACCAAAGUAGUCUCUAAUACAUUAUGUAUUUCUAUGCUACAUAUUUUCUGGGCCAGCUUGAGCGCAUGGCAAGGUUGCGCAAAUGUAAUGGCACUGUUGGUAUAGAUUGUGAUCUUACUUCCUUUUCUAUGUUUCUCCUAUGCUAGAGGUUGGGUACCAAUUUAGGUAGCUGAGACUAGCAAACCACAUCCUUUUUAUGCUCUGUAUGAAGGACACAAUUGAAGAGUGUCUUGGAUGUCUAAGAAAAUGUUUUAUAUACAUGAAAAUAUGGUGGUUGUCCCUGGGAAAACAGACACUGAUAAAUCUGCCCUUUUGUGUCAGAGAAUGUUGCCUGCUAAUUCAAUUGUUGCUGCUGCAAGGCCUCAUGAAUGUUAACAAUAUAUUUAAGUCCUUUUACUAGUAAGAUUACAGGGUUUAUUUUAUGGGUAUUGAACCUGAACAUCCGAUAGCUGCUUCUGUGAUCUGUUGUUGACAGAUUCUCUAAUGUAGCGUAUAAAAGCCUUUACAUGUAAACAUGACAUUAGUACUUUGGCAUUCUAUGUCAUCACAACCCCGUAGUCAAAUGGUUUACCCACCCACAGUCAUGCAAUUUAAUGUGGCUUUAAUGCCAUCAUCGAUUAAGGGACAAUAGAAAGGUUGCUCUACAAUUUUGGCACCAUUUCGGCUAUAGGAGUGUAAAUGAACAAGGUGCCACACCACAUUACCCUUGAAAAAAGCUAUGAUGUCUAGAUUUACAUAAAAAAAAUUUUUAAUCUGUAUAAUAACACAGUCUAAGAUGGGGUCUUGCAUGAUGUGACUCCUGCUGAGCUGCUUUUCCUUCUCUCUACUUUCAGCAUAUUGCCAACCGGCUAAGUGCAGAACAACAAAGUCAAGUUGGGACCAAAUGGUUGGGGCCGUACAGCCUAAGCACUCAUGCAGAUGGCUUUACUAUGGUUCUGUAUUAUGGUGUACAGACUUGUAACAUCACUGCCGUAGAGGUCCAUGGGGUCUUUAAUGUACCUUGCAAGAGUAAAAACCCAAUAUAUUUGAUUUUCAAGAAUUGAUUUAAAAAAACAAUAUUGUCUUUGAUGUCCCACCCCUCAUUGUCUUUCUUAUGUAUUUGAUAGCCUUUUCAAUUGCAAAGAGCAUUAUUCUGUGUUUUUUUUAUUUUUUCUAUUUAUUACGGUAUGUGUGUUGUGUAAAUACACAAUUGUUUAAAGUAGAAUAUUUUUUGGCAUAUAAAAUGAUUAUAUGAAUUCAUGAUUCUAUUUUCUACAGAUUAAUAUUCUGAAUGAUAGAGGUUCCAUUUUAUUUUGUGUUCAGUUACUUUUUUUUGUUUUCCUUUUUUUCCCCUAAUGUAUAUAUUGUAAAGUUUUUGCUGGAUCGACAUCACCUUGCUCUGAAAGCUUCACAGAACAUACAUUGAUUGCUUAUGUAUGUAGUUCUCUAAGCCACCUGUAAAGACGAUAUAUUCUGUAUUGUCACGUGGUGUAUUUGAUACAGCAUGCUUAUUUUGUAUAUUUGUGUAAAGUGUUUCGCUUUUGAUACUGAUGCACAAUUCUUAGUACAUUGAUUUUUUUUCUUUAAAGAAGACAGAAUAAUAUAUAAAAAAUGUUGCCAAGCCCAGCUUAUAAAGAGGCUUAAAAUACAGUUUUUAACUUUUAUUUUCAAGUGGGUGUCUGAGCUGGAAAAGGAUACAUCAUUUGCAUUUUGAUACUGGUAAUUCCUAUAAGAAUCGUAUAGUUGUAAAAAAAAAAAAAAAAAAAAAUCUAUAUAUUCUGCAAACAUGGCAAGUUUUGUGAAUAAUUGAGAUGAAGUUUAAAAAAAAAAAAAAGCAUGUCAAGAUUGACACAUUGAUUUACCUUUCUGGAACCCAGAUAACCAUGUUUAUUACUUAUAUUAGCUUUAAUUUAAAGUCUUUAGGGACAUCUCAUAGCAAUAGGGAAAUACAUAUUUGCAACAUUGAUAUGAGUAACCCAGGCCCCUACUGGAGUAAGAAUUAAAAAAUCUCCAAAAGCUCUUAUGUAUAUGUUUAUGCUUUGCUAUUAAAGCAUACAUUAUAUGUAAUAGAUCUCUAUUAGUGAUCAGGGCAAUGAGAUUGCAAUAAGUCUGUGUCGUACAUAAAGACUGACCUAUUACUCAGGGAAGCAGUAGCAAAAUGUUUUAGGGUGUCCCAAUGUGUGCUUUUAUGGCAAAAAAUUUAGGUACAUUUGUUAUCGGCUACAUUUAUAUAUGUGUAUCCAUUUUUAUUGUAUUAAAAAUGGGUCUCAUGUGUUGUGGUCAUAUUAUUCUUUCUUGUAAAUAAAAGAAAACCUAAAAAAAAAAUAAAAAACCUAAUGAGACAAUAUUUGGCUUGAAAUGCCAGCAUGGAGACCCAUUGGAAUUAUUUGCUAAUAUGUAUACAUUUAUAUCUUAAACCGUAGCUCCAGUUUGCAGGUACCUAGACUGUGAGAGUGACUCAGUCCUGCAGCAGGCCAUUGCCUGCAGUUCCCUGUCAAGUGGCUAUAAGCAGUGUAAGGGUACGUUCACACGGGGCUUGGGGCUUGGGGCUUGCGGAGGAUUUUCCGCAGCGUAAAUCCGCCAGGGAAAAUCUGCUGCGGACAGCCGAGAAGAGUCUGCCCCCUUUCAGAUAUGCAGCGGGAAACCCGCGAAUAAAACCGCCUAUGUGAAUGUACCCUUAGGGUGCAUUCACACACACUGCAUCUGCUGCGGGGCUGAAGUUGGAGAAUCAGCAGUUGCAGAUUUGUAGUUGUAAAAUCUGCCAUUGCGGAUUUUACAAGGUAGUUCUAAUGUAUUCUGGCUUGCCACACCAAAGUGAUUGCCUUGUAAAAUCUGCAAUUGUGGAAUCGCAAAUUCCAAUCUGAAGCUGAUCGUGUGUGUGUGUAUGAAUACACCCUUAGACCUGCUUCCCAUAAAUGUCAUUGUGCUCUAAUAACAGGUGAGAGGGAUUGGAAUUCCCUGUGGUUUUCCUUCUCUGUGUUUUGGAUUGAAGAAAUUAGCAUUUUAGCAGUGUAUUAGAGAGUUGCACAUAGGGACAUGUGCCAGCAAUGUUCUUCUGGGCCAGGCUUGACAUAUUAAAGUAAACUUCACAUUUUCAGCAUCCCUUAGCACUUAUGUAUUUCAUGUUGCACCCACUAUGACAAUUUGCUUCAUGCAUGUCUUUAAAAGGGUACUCCGUCCCCAGACAUCUCUGAUUUUGGGGGUCCCGCUGCUGGGACUCCCGUGAUCUCUGUGCAGUACCCGACAUUCGUUUAGAAGGCUUGGAGUGGGCAGCGGGGGUCGUGAAGUCACUGUCAUGCCACGCCCCCUCAAUGCAAUUAUAUAUGAGGGGGCGUGGUGACUGCCAAGCCCCCUCCCAUAGACUAGCAUUGAGGGGGCAUGACGUGAUGUCACUAGGGGCAUGGCAGUGACAUAAUGUUCCGAAUGCUGGGGCAGCAGAGUAUCCCUUUAAGUAAUAAUAAUGUUUGUAUUGUUUCCAUUGAGGGUGGGUAAAAAUGAGUGUUUCUGUUGGUCCUAUGAAGAGCUGCACGUUUUUGGGGCAGUGUAAGCAUGUAAAUUGCCUUGGUGUAUAUGGGUUUAAGAAACAGGUAGCUGCUGCUAUUGAAAAGAUUAAUAUUGGGACCUUUACAUUAUUGAUACAGUGCAAGUAUGUUCCUCCCUGUGCCCGGUGGAGUGAAGAAUAUUGUUGGGCAUCUCCUGUCCUUCAUUGUGACAUUGAAUUCCUAACAUGCAGGGACUUCUAGUAUCAGAAUAGAGAUCCACAAUUGCUUAUACUUGCCUUGUUGGAAAACAAAUUCCCUCAAAGCAAUGCAGCAAAGUUAAAUCACAUAAUACAGGAAAUAAAUCUAUGUAUGGAAAAGUUUUAUAUAGUGAAGUAAUAUCUACUCAUGGCUGCGACGCCCUGACUUGAUAAAUGUUUGGUAACAGAUAGUACAAAGUUGCAUCUAUGCACACUAUAAGGUAUGGGGACAACAGAACUAAAUAUUUUUGUAUGGAUCGUGUUCCCCUUUAGAAAAAACGAACUUUAAAAUGAAGUAUAGUCUACUGAUGUUUAUCAAUAUUAAUAUAAAUGAGAAAUGUUUGUUACUUGAUCCUCAACCAAUUUGCCUAUGAGAGAUCCCAAAAGCCAUUUUCUUUAAUAUUUACUAUGACCCUCCAUAAUGUUUAAUUUUUGCAUCCUUUUGAUUUGGGUUUAUCUUCAUGACUCCUUUUGGAUAUCUAAAGUAUAUGUUAUUUUUAUUGUUAAUAUGUCCUUUUUUAUUUCUCUUGUUAAUUUGAACAAUCCUUGAAGUCUACAUUAUGGGACUUGAUGGGGCUCAAGUGCAGGUUUAACCUGGUACUGUUUACUGAUGCUGUUUCAGGAAAAAAAAAAAGAAAUGGAAGAAGUUCUUAUUAAAUAUUGUUUUUUUUUAAUGAACUAGGGCUAGAUUGUUGCAGUCCAUAGGAAUACAUUAAAGGGGUUCUCCACUGCCCUGUUUUCCAGAGCUCCGCUCGCAGCGUCCGGAAUUUUAUUACUCCGGACGCUGUGUGCGGGCUUCCGUGUUUGAGGCCGCCCC